AUGAUCACAUUUGGCUCUGCUAACACUUCUACCGCACAAGAAGACACAGGUGAAGUGAGAAGCAUUUGUGAAAGCGUUUGCAGUGAUGGGUCUAACGCCACGGUGCAGCCCGGGGGCUCUAACCAGAGACCUCGUAUGGACAUCGCUUGUGUUUUGGACAUUACCCAAACGUUAAACCUAGCACACAGAAGAAGGGCUUUGGAAGAAGUUCGUCUGGCUUCCGAAUUAGUCAAUGCUAACUUACACCACAUUCAUUUCGAGAAACUGGACUUCGGAGAAACAAGUGUGCUAGAUACAUUUUACAAUGCUGAUGUUGCCCUUGUGGAUCUUAGUGUACAGGUGCAACAAAGCUCACUCCUAUACCAUCUUGGAGUUCGGGAAAGUUUUGAUAUGAAAGAGAAUGUUCUACUUUACAAUGAUGUUGACCCAGAUGCUACAUUGAGACUUAAGAUAUCCCUGCCGAACUUUCUGUUCGUCUCGUACAAGCUUACCGAUGCUGGCACCUGCGUCACCACCAAUCCGGCGGCUACCAAAUUCAAGGGCGAAGAAACAGCCGAUCCGAAACAGCACCUCACUUUACGCCUCAAGAAUAUACUACAAGAUGUCGAAGUACAAACCAAGGCCCACCUGCAGGAGAAGUUCCUGUCGGACCUUCGGAAAGCGCGCGAGACCUACAGCGGCGCCGAGCUGGCGAACGUGUUGCACGCGAUGCGCCGGAGGCUGGACGACCCCGCCGUGCUCUCGGGCGACACGAUCCUGAACAUGCUGAUAUCGUACAGGGAGAUACAGGACUACGACGCGAUCGUGCAAGUGGUCGACGACCUCAAGACGAUCAUGAACAGGAAGAACUACGUGAACAUGCCGAUCAUCAGGUUCCUGCACGCGUUCGCCAUGAACAGACGGAAUAAAGAGGGCGACCGCGAGAACGCUUUGAGAGUGUGUGUAAAAGCUUUGGAGAAGAAAGAGAAUCGUUUUCCCGACAUGCUGUGUCUCUGUGGGCGUAUUUAUAAGGACAAAUUUGUGGAAUCUCAACACACCGAUAUGGAGAGUUUGAAGAAUGCCAUACACUGGUACAGACAGGGCUUUGAAGUGCAGCCAAAUGAAUAUGCGGGUAUAAAUUUAGCGACAUUAUUAGUUAUAGCCGGCAAUGACUUUAAAGAUUCUCAAGAAUUGCAGCACAUUGGACGAGUGCUGAAUCAUUUGAUUGGAAAAAAAGGCAGCCUCUCCUCACUUAAAGACUACUGGGACGUUGCAACUUUCUUCGAGAUAUCGGUGCUCGCCCAGGAUUAUGUUAAAGCCAUUCAAGCUGCAGAGUGUAUGUUCAAGUUGAAACCACCGAACUGGUACCUCAAGUCCACCAUAGGAAAUAUUGAAUUGAUAGAUAGGUUUAGGAAGAAAAGCGAGGAAACCUCACCGGAGCAACAAGUCUUCUCCUUCUGGAUGGAGUUUUUCGUCGAAGCGACAAAGAGCACGUGUGAAAAUAUCAUAAGGUUUCCGGUGCUAAUACUGGAGACCACGAAAGUGUACAUGCCGUCGUACGUGAACGUGAACAUGGGCGCCGAGCAGAAGUCCCUCGAGAUCUUCAACCUGUGCCUCGACUCGAUGCGCGGCGACUGCAGGCAGGUGCACCGCUGGCUGUUCACGUCCGACAUGAUACGCACAUACAGUUUGUACAAACGCGACGAGAGAUGCCUGUUUCUGUACGUGAGCGAGAAUUCGGACGACUUCCAAAUAUUCUUGCCGUCUCAAGCGUUCCGGCAGCACUUAUACGACCUGCUAGGCGAACUGACCGCGGACCAUGAGAAACUCACCGACUUAGACACCAGCGUCAUGCAAGACCAGCUCAAGUUCGAGUACGAGUACGACGGGAGCAAGCGCGUGGUGCUGGGCAAGGGCACGUACGGCGUCGUGUACGCGGCGCGGGACCUUAACACGCAGGUGCGCAUCGCCGUCAAGGAGAUCCCCGAGAAGAACCUCGGCGACGUGCAGCCGCUGCACGAGGAGAUCCUGCUCCACUCGCAGCUGCGCCACAGGAACAUCGUGCAGUACUUGGGUUCAAUAUCAGAGGACAACUACUUCAAAAUAUUCAUGGAGCAAGUACCCGGAGGGUCUCUGUCCGCCCUAUUGAGGUCCAAGUGGGGUCCGCUUAAGGAAAACGAAGCGACGAUUGCGUACUACACCAAACAAAUAUUAGAAGGUCUGAAAUACCUGCACGACCAGAAGAUCGUGCACCGCGACAUAAAGGGCGACAACGUGCUGGUGAACACGUACAGCGGCGUGGUGAAGAUCUCGGACUUCGGCACGUCGAAGCGGCUCGCGGGGCUCUGCCCCUCCACGGAGACGUUCGCGGGCACGCUGCAGUACAUGGCGCCGGAGGUGAUCGACAAGGGGCUGCGCGGAUACGGCGCCCCGGCUGAUAUCUGGUCGCUGGGCUGCACGGUGGUCGAAAUGGCAACGGGCAACCCGCCGUUCAUGGAACUGGGAUCGCCCCAGGCUGCCAUGUUUAAGGUCGGUUACUACAAAAUGCAUCCGGAAAUCCCCAGCGAACUCUCGCAGAAGGCGAAGAACUUUAUACUGAGAUGCUUCAUCCCGGAGCCAGAGAAGCGGGCCACAGCCGCUGAGCUGCUUGAAGAUCCUUUCCUUAGCGAGAAAAAGAAAUCGUCCAGCCGCCUGGGCGGCAGUGUGGACUACAGUAGGAGCAUCUCAGUGCCAGCGGACAAAGCGCGUCCCGCUGCCCAGAAGAAGAUCUCUGAGCCCAGCAUCCCCAACCACCUGCCCAGCUCGCCGGAGAUCGAGGUCAAAACGAUCCGGUCUAAUCCGACCAUCACUAGGACGGCCUCGUCGAUGCUCUCACCGAUACUGAUAUACCCGCCGGACCUAUCGAGCAGCAGCACAAUGCCGAAUACGCCUUCUACGGACGAAAUGGACAACACUGACACCCUUCUGAACAGGCGAAGCUCUUCUGGUGGACUGUUGUCACCAGAGGUCGAUAUGACAAAUGUACCUCGGUCGUCGAUUGACGUGGAACACGACGGGUUUUACCUGCUAAAAAAGGACUCCCAGCGCCGUCUCACUCUUUCGCGCGUGUUAGAACAGGACAGCGAAAAGAUCUGUUCUAAAUGGAUGCUGAGUAUACAGCAAGACUUUGGCAACACUGUCUUAACUUUGAACCACUUGGAGACACUGCGCUGCGCCCUAAAGGACUAUAUAAUGGACCAGAACAAGUCGGUGAUAGAGCAGGCGAUAACCACGCUGAAGGAGGAGCUGGACUUCGACUCGAACGCGAUAAACGAGCUGCACUCCGCGAUAUACAUGUUCCAGGAGGCGGUCAACGUGGUGCUGAGGAUGCACAGCAUAAAGCCCCACUGGAUGUUCGCUCUGGACAACCUGGUGCGGAACGCGGUGCAAGCCGCCAUCACGGUGCUCUCGCCGGAGCUGGGGGCCAACCUGGCGGGGCAGGAGGCGCGCAGGGGGGGGGCCCCCGAGGCGGGCACCCCCUCCGCCCUCUCCACCGCCACCUCCGCCCGCGACCACCAGAUGCACCAGCUGCGCCAGGAGAACCACAAAUUACAUCAAGAGCUUUUGGAGAGCUACCAGCAGAACCAGUCCAUCUUAAGGCUGAUGUUGGAAGAACAGAAGGUUCAAACGCAGAUCAUACGCGAAUUCAUGGAAAAGAAAGUGAGAACGGAGCCGGAGGAAGAAGCGGCCGACUACGACAGCGCUGAAUUUGCAGCGCUUCAAGACUGGGCGUCCGCUCGCAACGUGCCCGAAGCGGCGGUUAAAGCGCUCGCGGCGCAGCACUUCACGCUGACGGAUCUGCUGCAGCACGCGCAGCGCGAUGACAUCACUAGGCUCAACCUCAAAGGCGGCAUCGAGCUGCGCCUGUGGCGUGCGAUAGUCGAGCACCGUCUGCAGUCGAGCUGCCCGAACAACCUGCGCCGCACCAGCAGCACCGAGACCGACAUGGACACCAACUCCAUAGUGGUGGUGGAAUGUCCGCAGUGCAAGGCCGCUAGGACCCUGUCGAACAACUCCUCGUGCUCCAACAACCCCACCAUCGUGAUAAGGGACCAACAGUUGAUCGGCGAGGACGCUGUGGCGGAGUACUGCACGGAGAACGGGGUCGUCAACCUC